UCCCGCUGUUCAUCUACCCUGAGUCAAGAGUUGGCGGCCUUCAUCCCGUUAUCCUUUUUGGAGCGGCAAGGCUUCGCCACAGCCUGUUAUCCAUUUAGGAGCUGGCUGCAACACCACCCGUUACCCGUGUAGGGGCGGGUGAGUGCCCAUCCUGGUGCACUCGUGGAGUUUACGACUCCCUGCCUGCUGGUGAGCUGCCUCGAGGACUGGUGAGUGCCCAUCCUGGUGCACACGUGGAGUUUACGACUCCCUGCCUGCUGGUGAGCUGCCUCGAGGACUAGUGAGUGCCCAUCCGGGUGCACAUGUGGAGUUUACGACUCCCUACCUGCUGGUGAGCUGCCUCGAGGACUCCACCUCAAACCGCCAUGUAUGAUGUCCCGAGCGGUGCCCACGGUACUCGGCUGUCGGGCACGGAGGUAACCCCUGGCCGUAGCAAGGAUGUGAGGAAAGAAUCCUCGCAUAUGGGAGGCUCAUCUGCGUCCAGGACCUUCCCACCGGGAUUGUUCUCGAAAGAGCCGACAGCAUGCCCGGGAUCACGUGACUGGCAGUGGAGGCGAAUCUGCCCCUCCACCUAACCUCUCUCUGCCUUCCACCUCACGGGAGGAAGCUAGUGCUCCGGAUUGGAAGCUGCUGAUGGACACUUUGCUUGCCUUGCGGGGCGAUGUGGAGAAGUUGAAGGAGAGCAGCGGGGCUACUGGCGGGGGCGCUGAUGUCGCCGCCACCCUUGACAGUGUAAACACGCCCGUGGAGGUGCCUUGUUCUGGUUCGGCCGCGGGGUUUUCUGGGUUUAAGUCGCCUGACCAUCGUGUGUCUAGUGAUGACGAUGACUCUCAAGAUGACAUUGUGCCAGGUAGUGUCCUCCUGCAGUGCGCCAAGACUUACGGACCUGUGGACGAUGUUUCUGUUGACAUUGACAAGCAGGUCGCAGACAUGGUGAACCAUGUGUUCGACAACGGCUUGCGAGACGAGGAGUACAAGGAGAUUUUGGAUGAUGACUCUGCCAGGAGGCCCGGUAACUGUCACGCUUUGGCUCCUGUAGAUUGUAACUCGCAAGUUUUGGAUGCGCUGAAGGCAGAUGCCAAAAAGGGGGAUUUUCGCAUGAAAGAGGUAAGCAAGGACAUCAUCAAAGCUGCCACUAUUCUGACUAAGUCCCUCACAGUGCUGGAUAGGAUUGCCCAGGAUGGCCGUCCAGAUGUGGCCCAUGAAGUAGGCAUGCUGAAUGGUGCUCUGGCAUUGCUUGGUCAUGCCAACCAUAGGAACAAUCUGACCCGUCGCUUCGUCAUCAAGCGCGAGAUUAAUCAGAGGUACUCUCACCUGUGCUCCGACAAGGUGCCUAUGACUAGAUUUGUGUUUGGUGAUGACGUGUCCCAAUCUGCCAAGAACAUUGAGGACUCUGAGAAGCUGAAGACCAAGAUCAUUAUGAAGAAACCGCUACCCACUUGGAAAUUUGGUGCGGGGAAGGUCAGAGGCUCCUUCGGAAAGUUCCCCUACAAAGGAUUGGCAUCCAGGUUCCACCCUUAUGGACAGCGGACAUAUGGACACCGGAGUGAUCACCGGCAGCCCUACUCACGGCAGGGCUCGGAGGCAAAAAACUCGCGAGGCCGGGGACGCAGCAAUCCCCGGCAAUAAAUCAGAUGCCUCCACAAAAUACGAGCAGAGGCAGCAAGGGGAUGGUUGAUUGCGCCAGUGUGGCCAUCCCAACCGUGGAUGGGGACUCUGCUCAGGAUGCUCGUUCAGGAACCGCGCCUCAUACCGAGAGGGAUGAACACA